GACAUUUUGAAGUAGCUUCUCCGGGGUGUUUGAACAGGAAGGCGGACAUGUUGGCCAGGCUGUGGGAGAAAAUCGGGCAUCGUCUGCGAUUGUUUUACGACAACUAAUACACCUCAAACCCGAUUAAUAAGUACUCAAUCUGAGAGAUAAAGCAUUUUGGACGGGAAACAGCCGACGGUCAGUGACAGUGCACGGGAUGCAGCGGAUGGGCAGCCGUUAAACGUUGUAGCGACUCCGUGUUUAAACUGAUCGAAAUUUGGAAGAAGCAGAAGUUUUUUUCCCACCACUUCUACUUUUGAGCUGUCAGAUUCGUUUGCCGUUUUCUGCAAGGGGCCUGGCACAGAUAUGGGAACGGGCCUGGACUAGCUUUCCCACAAACUGAUUUUCGAAGAGACACUGCAUUUACAUUUUGACUGCCUUUUGUUUGGAUGCACCAACAUUUUAAGCUCUUAUCCUCAGUGGCAUCCUACGGAGGCUGACUAAUCUGUCGCCGCAUUUAUCUUUGCCACUGAAGUUGUUUGCUACUCAUACUGGGAAAAAUAUCCUUCGACUCUGAAAAUGUGGCUUUUGCAUGUUCAGUGCAGCCGUGAAGCCUUCAUUGUCUGUGAAAGCUCGAGGAGAACGAUGUAUUUUCUUUGAAGUGCGGCGUAAAGUUCUCACGAAGAAAGGAACAUUUGGCUAGCUAGCUACCGCUGGCUGUUAAAGCUAGCUAGCCAGCCUUCUGCCUCGCCAGUGAGCUGUUUUUGUUCAUAACCCGACGUCGGGACUGAGUUUAACAGCAAGAUGUCUGCUGGGGAAAGUAUGGAGGCUCGAUUUGAAAAAAUCGAUGCCAUGUUGAAGGACCCAAAGUCAGAAAUAAACACGGAUUGUCUACUGGAUGGCUUGGAUGCACUGGUAUAUGACCUUGACUUUCCUGCCCUGAGGAAAAACAAGAGCAUUGACAACUUCUUGAAUAGAUACAAAGAGACCAUUAGUAAAAUCCGUGAUCUACGGAUGAAAGCAGAGGACUAUGAGGUUGUUAAAGUUAUUGGGAGGGGUGCAUUUGGAGAGGUGCAGUUGGUAAGACACAAAGCCACAAGCAAAGUAUAUGCCAUGAAGCUGCUGAGCAAGUUUGAGAUGAUUAAGAGAUCAGACUCUGCUUUCUUCUGGGAGGAGAGGGACAUCAUGGCUUUUGCCAACAGUUCGUGGGUGGUGCAGCUCUUUUUUGCUUUCCAAGACGACCGCUACCUCUACAUGGUGAUGGAAUACAUGCCUGGUGGCGACUUGGUGAACUUGAUGAGCAACUAUGACGUCCCAGAGAAGUGGGCCCGCUUUUACACAGCGGAGGUGGUCCUCGCCCUGGAUGGCAUCCACUCCAUGGGCUUCAUUCACAGGGAUGUGAAGCCUGACAACAUGUUGCUAGACAAAGCAGGUCACCUAAAACUUGCAGACUUUGGGACCUGCAUGAAAAUGAACAAGGAUGGAAUGGUACGAUGCGACACAGCAGUGGGAACUCCUGACUACAUUUCGCCUGAGGUACUGAAAUCCCAAGGAGGAGAUGGCUAUUAUGGCAGAGAGUGCGACUGGUGGUCAGUGGGCGUGUUCCUGUAUGAAAUGCUAGUCGGCGAUACUCCUUUCUAUGCAGACUCGCUGGUGGGGACCUACAGCAAAAUUAUGAACCACAAGAAUGCCCUGACCUUUCCCGACGACAGCGACAUCUCCAAUGAUGCCAAGAAUCUCAUCUGUGCUUUUCUGACUGACAGGGAAGUUCGACUCGGCCGCAACGGUGUAGAUGAGAUCAAGAGACAUCCUUUCUUCAAAAAUGACCAGUGGACGUGGGAGAAUAUCAGAGAGACGGCUGCGCCUGUAGUGCCUGAACUGAGCAGCGACGUUGACACCAGUAACUUUGAUGACAUCGAAGAGGAUCGGGGAGAGGAGGAGACCUUUCCCAUACCAAAGGCCUUUGUGGGCAACCAGCUCCCCUUUGUAGGCUUCACCUAUUACAGCAAUCAACAUCCUUUGCGCAGCUCCACUGCCACAAAGACCAGUGACAAACGUAGCAGCUCCACAAAAGAAGACAAGAGUCACUUGGAGAACCUGCAAAAACGCAUCUACCAGCUAGAGGAGCAGCUCCACAGUGAAAUGCAACUGAAGGAUGAGUUGGAGCAGAAAUGCAGGACAUCAAACACCAAGAUUGAAAAGAUCAUGAAAGAACUGGAUGAAGAGGCAAACCUGAGGAAGAGUACAGAAGCCAGCAUGUCUCUGCUGGAGAAAGACAAGAUCAUGCUGCAGCACAGAUUCACAGAGUACCAAAGAAAAGCUGACCAGGAGGCAGAGAAGAGGCGCAAUUUGGAGAAUGAGGUGUCAACUUUGAAGGAGCAGCUUGAAGAUAUGAAGAAGAUCAGUCAGAACUCUCAGGCCUCGAAUGACAAAAUUGCCCAGCUGCAGAGUCAGCUUGAGGAGGCAAACGACUUGCUGCGCGCAGAAUCGGAUACAGCAGCAAGACUGAGGAAGAGCCACACUGAAGUGGCAAAGUCAAUGAGCCAGCUGGAGAGUUUGAACCGAGAGCUGCAGGAGAGGAGCCGUGCAGCAGAUGGAGAGAAGGCGCAGCUUCAGAAGGAGCUCCUGCUUCUUCAGAGCACCCUGGACUCAGAACGGAGGAACUACAGUCAGGGUUCAGAGGAGAUCAGAGAGCUGCAAGCGAGAAUGGCAGGGCUGCAAGAAGACAACAAAAACUUGAAGCUCAGCCUCUCCAAAGUGGAGACAGAACGCAAACAGGCCCAGGAAAGGAGCAAUAAUCUGGAGAAGGAAAAGAACAACCUGGAGAUAGACCUGAACUACAAACUGAAGACCUUGCAGCAGCGUCUGGAGCAGGAACACACCGAGCACAGGGUGACACGGGCACAGCUCACUGACAAAUACGAGUCUAUCGAAGAAGCCAAAUCAGCUGCCAUGACUGCUGUUCAGCAGAAGAUGUCCGAGGAGACUGGAGCGAGGAUGAGAGCGGAGAGCCGGGUGGUCGAGGUUGAGAAGCAGUGCUCAAUGCUGGAGUUUGAUCUCAAGCAGUCUGUGCAGAAAAUGGAGCAGCUGAUGAAGCAAAAGGAGAGGCUGGAAGAUGAGGUGAAGAAUCUGCGGAUACAGGUAGAACAAGAGUCAAGCAAGCGUGGCUUGACCCAGAACGAGCUGAAGAGCCGCAUGCAGGAGGUCGACCGUCUGAGAUGUUCAGAGAAGCAGCUCAAGCAGGAGAUCAACACAGCACUAGAGAGUAAACGCUCACUGGAGUUCCAGCUGGCACAGCUGACCAAACAAUAUAGAGGCAACGAGGGACAGAUGAGGGAACUUCAGGACCAGCUUGAGGCCGAACAGUAUUUUUCUACGCUUUACAAAACUCAGGUUAAGGAACUAAAAGAGGAGAUUGAGGAAAGAAACCGGCAGGUACAAGAGACUCAUAAAAAGGUGCAGGAUUUGAGCAGUGAAAGGGACUCCCUGUCUGCCCAGUUGGAUCUGACCGUGACCAAGGCCGAGUCAGAACAACUUGCUCGGGCUCUUCAGGAGGAGCAGUACUUUGAGCUCAGCCAGGAGAACAAGAAAUCAGUGACUCGACAUAAGCAGGAGAUUGGUGAAAAAGAGUCCACUAUUACGCGGCUUGAGGAAUCCAAUAAAACUCUGACCAAAGAUGUGGAGAACCUCAGCAAAGAGAAGACUGAGCUAAAUGAGAAGCUCCGGACUCAGGAGGAAGAGUAUGCGGCUCAGAAGGAAGAGAUUACAAACACAAUCAAGGCGAACUAUGAGAAGGUUCUCAACACAGAGCGCACACUGAAGACACAGGCGGUGAACAAGCUGGCAGAAAUCAUGAAUCGCAAAGACAUGAAGCUGGACCAGAAGAAGAAGGGCAGCACGGCUGAUCUGCGGAAGAAGGAGAAGGAGAACCGCAAGCUUCAGCUGGAGCUUAAUCAGGAGAAGGAGAAGUUUAACCACAUGGCCAUCAAAUACCAGAAGGAACUGAGCGAGAUGCAGGCGCAACUGUCUGAGGAAUGCACAUAUCGCAAUGAGCUCCAGAUGCAGCUGGACAGCAAGGAAAGUGACAUUGAACAGCUCCGGGAGAAACUCAAUGACUUGCAGCAGCGAAUGGAUAACUCCAGCGUCACCAGCUUGCAGACAGAUGAGACGGACAGUAAUAUCGCAGAGUCCCGAUUGGAGGGUUGGCUGUCCAUUCCUAAUCGUGCUAAUAUCAAGCGAUAUGGAUGGAAGAAGCAGUAUGUGGUGGUGAGCAGUAAGAAGAUUCUGUUCUACAAUGAUGAAAUGGACAAGGAACAGUCGAACCCCUCAAUGGUACUAGAUAUUGACAAACUGUUUCAUGUGAGACCAGUCACACAAGGAGACGUGUACCGAGCUGAGACAGAAGAGAUCCCCAGGAUAUUCCAGAUUUUAUAUGCCAACGAGGGCGAGUGCAGGAAGGAGGCGGAGAUGGAGACGGUCCCUCAGGGCGACAAGACCAACUGUCUCCCACACAAAGGCCACGAGUUCAUCCCCACGCUAUAUCACUUCCCUACCAACUGUGAGGCCUGCGCCAAGCCUUUGUGGCACGUCUUCAAGCCACCUCCGGCCCUGGAGUGUCGCCGGUGCCAUGUGAAGUGCCACAAAGACCACCUUGACAAAAAGGAGGAUGUUAUUGCUCCUUGCAAAGUAAACUACGACGUGACCUCUGCCCGGGACAUGCUCCUGCUGGCCCUGACCCAAGAUGAGCAGAAGAAAUGGAUUGGCCACCUUGGAAAGAAGAUUCCUAAGACACCACCAUCAACAUUUUCAAGAGCCUCACCUCGUUCUAUGUCCACUCGCUCUGGACCCAACCAGUCCUUCCGCAAGAACCCUAAAAGCAAUACAGGAAAGCUGAGCUAACCAUCUGAAGCGUUGGGAUUUUUUUUCUGGACUCUAAACUUUCCCUCCUUCCUCAUCCUCAAAAAUGGAAAACCUGUAUUACAUAGAAAUUUCAUUAAAAACACAAAAAUAUAUAUUGAUAAUUAACCAGCGCUGGAAAAAUGCAACACACGUCAGAUAAAAGGCAUCGUGGACACUGAAAAGCCUGUUAUCCAUCUGCAUUUCCACAUUCAAGAGAAACUCAUCAGCCAACUCGACAAACUCGCAGCUCUCCAUUUCUACCAGAAGAUGGCACACUCGUCUUGAAAUAAAGAUGGACAACAGAGAGAUGGAGGGACUCAUGUCAUGUAGACGUUCUGUGCUUCAUAUCAUAUGACAGUUGUAAUGGAAACUGGAAGGUAAAAGGGGGUUUUGCUGGGACUCCUGCAAGUAUGUGUUCAGUUUAAGGUACUGUCAUACAGGGAUUGCAGAUCUGCAGUGAAAGGUUGACUCAGGGGCGGAAAAUGAGGAUCUAUUUAGUAAUUUCUUUGCCCACCUGACAGAUACGUGAGCUAAAUGCAAGCAUACUUUGUUUCCAGCUUAAAAAAAAUGACUGAUGCCUUCGUCUAAUGUCUCUGGCCUUUUUGCCUUUUACUCUUAUCACUCUGCAAGUCAGUUAUCAGGUUUGGGGCAGCGUAUUGGGACAUGAGUAUUAGAUGUUUUGAGUAUUGAGUGAGGAGCAUGCAAGAUCAUCAUUUAAAUCUAUGCAUUAUUUUUAUUAUAAUUAUUUUUAUUGCUCCAAGCCAUAAGGAAAGUUCCAUUGUAAUGGCAUAUAGGAGUCCUAAAACUUAAUGGAUUUUUUUUCUGUUUAUUUGGUACAUUGUCUCUGUAAUAUUUUUUCUUGUAUUGUUUUUUUUUUCUUUUUUGUAAUGUAUUGCCUUACAUUGAUUCCUAGAUAAAUGGUUCAAAAGGAAAACAUUAAGUUAACAAAUGUAAAACUGCACUGUUUGACUUGACUGUAAAUUAUUUGUAGAAGACUAAACAGGUGUAGCAUUUGGCCCACCUAGUGCCUUAACGUUUGGAUAUUGAUUUUACUGCCAUAUCUGUUUUUUUUCUCCCAAAACAAGACAAAUCUUAACUCUUCCAUCAUUUAUUUUUUAAGAAUUUGCCACACAUUUGUGGUUUUAUCAGAACUUACUUUCUCUGGUUUGAGUAUAUAAAAUAUAUAUAUUAGAUUACCUCUUUACGGACACAUUGCAAUAGAGUUUGUGUCAAUACAAAGGCCCCAGACUUUAGAUCAUAUCAUGUGACAAAUUUCAGGAGGAUGUACCUAAAGCGAGCCUACCUGUGUCAAUGAUUGUGCUUGUUAACAAAUGCAAGUUGUUUCUCUAACAUGGUAAUGUCCCAUUAAUGCAAACCCCCCCAGUGUAAAUAAUGAGAGAGACAUAAGGAUUAUGGAAUACCUCCGCAGUCUUUUUAUUUGUAACUUUUUUGUUCAGUUAAAAAAAAAAAGCACUGGAACUAUGAUCUACUCUUGUCUUGGAUAAUUUGCAUGGUUAAAUUGCAUUGGAGUCCGCACUGAUGGAUAUGUCAAUAAACAUAUCUUUAUCAUU